UCUCCACCCCAUGCGCUAAUAUCCUAAUCCUGCUGUGCCAAUAAUUUUUGCCAUCCAUCGGCCGACGAGGAGGCAGAAAUUGAAUCGAUGAGGAAUCCAUCACACAAAUGGGCAUACAUUAGGAUCAUCACUGGAACAAUCGUCGGGGGCAUUCUUGGGUUCUACGUUAUGCAUCGCCUCGAAGCUAAUUAUAAGGAGAGAAUGAAUGAAAGACUGAGAAACUAUGAAGCCGAAUUGCAGAGGAAGAAGCAAGAGAGACUGAAUGAGUUUAAAGAAGAAUCGUCUUAGCCUUCCGAUUGAAUGCCACGCCUCUUCUUCGGGCCCCUGUUAGAAUUUUUGUAUGAUCUCGCCUUUCCUUUUCUUUUCUUUGCCCGGUGUCUCAGAAAUGCUGUGGAACUGGAAAGAGAUGCCAUUAUUCUGUUUCUAGUAGUUAAUUUUAUGAACUUGGUUUAUUGAAAUCGAACAUCUCUAGCCUUGCUGACAUUCAUGUUUUGGACAUGAAAAUGGCUGUUGAUCAGUGAUUGUGAGCUAUUCCUCUGGCAUAACCUUUUGAUUAUUAUCAUUAUUUGAAUGCAUUCCAAUAAAAAUUUGUAUAUUAGACCGGUUCUUCAGUUACUAGUUUAGGAGUUAACAGAAGAUAGAACCUGAUCCUUGUCCACCAAUGUCCCAUACAGCCCUAAUACUUUCAGCAAAAUCACCUCCAAGAGAAGACCUCAAGGCAGUGCGAUACACCCUUUUCAUUACAUCCCGGAGCUGAAUUGUUACUGCAGCUCAGUGUUUGAUCCAAAGGAUGGGUUAUGAUGGUAUUCGAACUAAAAGCUGCUUCAAGUCUUUGACUGUGCCUCAGACACCCAGGUUUAGAACUGCAUAAUCAAUGGACUUGUUUAAGAUUCUCGUCUUUGAUAACUCUUGUGAUGCUCAAAGUCUCAAAGAUAUUACAUUUCAUAAUGUAUCUGACAAUGUCAUUUAUUUUUCAAUAAACAUAGAACAAUGUAUAUAGUGUAUGUGGUGCAUUACUUGUACAUCCAAAUGCACGAUGAAGAGGGCCUGUCUUUAAGGUCAAAGUACUACAUCUGUUGAGACAUAUCUUCACUUUAAUGCUUGAUGUGGAUGAUAAAGCAAUUUAUACAA